AUGUCGAAAGCCACACAGAAACUCUCCAAGGAGGAUGAACUUCUGCUGAAGGAUUUCUCAGCAGCUGUAUCAGCUAAGGGUAGUGCGAUGUUCUAUGGUAUUUCAAUGAUGAUGGCUUCUGCACCACUCUAUCUGUUUUAUGGCAUUCAUCAAAUGGAAGUGGCCGAUUCAUGGAUUGUAUGGCUUAUUUCAGCUCUAAUCUCAUCCUAUUUGAUUAGUAUUGCUUACAAGAAUGUUAAACACAUUCUCAAACAUAAAGUGGUAGUGAAACGUGGAGAUGCAGUUGCUCGUGAAAUGAACCGUAAAUUAGCUGAUGACAAAAAAAUGUCAAAGAAAGAAAAGGAUGAAAGGAUUCUGUGGAAGAAAAAUGAGGUUGGUGAUUAUGAAGCAACAACAAUGUCGAUUUUCUGGAAUAACAUUCUCUUCGUUUCCAUAUUGUUGGUGAUGUCGUUCUUUUUGUUCACUUCUCUUACACCAAUCUUUAAUUGUCUUCUCUCGAUGAUCGGUUCAGCUGGUUUGGUGGCUCUCUUCUCCACAGCAAAAUAG